AUGGGAGACGAAGUAAACAAUCGAAAUAAUGGGAAUGACCCGAAUAAUCAGGGUGUGGUGCCUCUUAUGCCAGAAGCAGCAUUAUACAAUUGGAACAAGGGACUGUUCUCAGGGUCAUACGUUGAAGAUCCUCAGCAGCAUCUGAAGAAUUUUAUGUCGAUAUGUGCCAUGCAAAGGCAACAUAAUGUGACACCGAAAGCAAUACGGCUGUUGUUGUUUCCACUCUCAAAAUCAACAGAGACAUUACAAGAAACGUGGGAAAGGUUGAAGGGUCUGCUAGUUACGUGUCCACAUCAUGGCAUUCCGGAGAAGAUGUUGGGGCAGAGGUUUUACAUGGGAUUGGCAGAUAACUUGAAGGCCAAUGUUGAUGCUUCAGAGAUGCCUGGUUAUGCAAAAAUAAUGAAGGAAUUGAUGUCCCACAAGUUCGACUUUCAAGACUUGGCAACGGUUACACUGACUCAGACUUGCAGUGUUGCUGUGACGAGACCCAUAGCUGAGAAUCUGCCUGACCCAGGGAGUUUCACAAUCCCAUACACAAUAGGCAACUAUGCAUUUGCUAAGGCACUGUGUGAUCUGGGGGCAAUCAUAAACCUUAUGCCCCUGGCUGUCUACAAAAGGCUAGGCAUUGGAAGAGCUAGACUCACGUCCAUGUUACUACAGCUGGUUGACCGAACAGUGAAGAGGCCCUCUCGUAUUCUUGAUGAUGUAUUAGUACAGGUUGGGAAGUUUGUGUUCCCAGCAGAUUUUGUCAUUCUUGACUGUCAGGUUGACAAGGAAAUUCCCAUAAUUUUGGGAAGACCAUUCUUGACCACUAGGAGAGCUUUAAUUGGCUGUGAAACUGGAGAGCUCAAAAUAAUAUUAAAUAAUGAAGAGAUAACAUUCAACGUGCAGAAAUCUAUACGGAGACCAAGUGAAUUUGCUAAUUACUCUCUAAUAGAUGUCGUGGAUGUAAUUUUGGAGGAGGAAGAUGAGACAUUGAACAUUAAAGACCCUAUAGCAGCCUGUCACACGAACUUGGAUGAAGCCAAUAGAGAAGACUUGGCGGAGUGGGUACUUGCUCUUGAAGGCCAAGGUUUUGGAGAAGGGAGCUCGAGUUUGAGCCUUUGCACUUAG